AUGGUUUCUCAGGCUGGACUGCAGUCUGAGUUGAUGGUUUCUCAGGCUGGACUGCGGUCUUGGAGCUGUGGUUUUUCAGGUGGAAUUUUACAGUCGUUGGAGGCUGGACUGCAGUCUGAGUUGAUGGUUUCUCAGGCUGGACUGCAGUCUGAGUUGAUGAUUUCUCAGGCUGGACUGCAGUCUGAGUUGAUGGUUUCUCAGGCUGGACUGCAGUCUGAGUUGAUGGUUUCUCAGGCUGGACUGCAGUCUGAGUUGAUGGUUUCUCAGGCUGGACUGCAGUCUGAGUUGAUGGUUUCUCAGGCUGGACUGCAGUCUGAGUUGAUAAUUUCUCAGUCUGAGUUGAUGAUUUCUGAGGCUGGACUGCAGUCUGAGCUGAUGGUUUCUCAGGCUGGACUGCAGUCUGAGCUGAUGGUUUCUCAGGCUGAACUGCAGUCUGAGCUGAUGGUUUCUCAGGCUGAAAUGCAGUCUGAGCUGUUAGUUUCUGAGGGUGGACUGCAGUCUGACUGA